GAUGUUGGCGCUCGGCUCGUCUGUCUGCCUCUGUCUGAGGAUGGGCAGCUGCACUGUUUGUUUACAAUGUAGACGUCAUAAUUAUUCCUCAAUGUGAUUGGCUUAUCGGCACGCCCAUCAAAUUUCUGAACCAAUAAGAGUUCCCGUCCGUGUUCACGCCCCAGGUCCCGGAUGUCUGCCGUGAAGAAUAGCAUAGGCUCACGUGCAGCAGACCAAACACAGACGAGAGGUUGACAUGUCUGCAGUUUGAUGGUUUUUUGUGCAGAGCAACAGAGCUGCAGCUGUGCAGCUAAGGCCCUUUACUCACAUCUAACGCUUUCUCAGCAUCUAUAAUCCUCAGGGUGGACACCAUCUGGUGAGAAAUGGCAGAGGGAGGUUUUGACCCCUGUGAGUGUGUCUGCACCCAUGAGUAUGCAAUGAGGCGCCUCAUCAACCUGCUCAGGCAAUCUCAGUCCUACUGCACAGACACCGACUGCCCUCAGGAAUUGCCUGGUCCAAAUGGGCCUGUCGGCGGAGGAGGUGACCUGACCCUCCCCAUGGUCCUGAUGGGAUGGGCGGUGGUGGCUCUGCUCCUGUUCCUGUUGCGCCCAUCCAGUCUCAGGGGGCCCCGUCCCUCCGGAAAACCUACUGGACCCCACAAUAGAGAUGGUCGAGAGCCUCCAGCACCACCUGUUGACUAGCAGUGGGGAGUACCAGCACUCACCCACCUGCUCUGACCGGAGCUGCACAGUUAGCGCGUGACUGUGACCAGGACAGCACCAUCUCCCCUUCAUUCAGAUAUCUUUUUCUGUUCUUCUCUUUAAAUGCCAUUGUGUUUUGGGGGUAGAUAAAUCUGUAUGUGAGUCCUGUUACUAGAGCCCAACUGAUACUGGAUUAAUGAGGCCAACAGGAAUAUAUAUCAAAAUUAUAUAAAUUCAAAAGUUUUUUUUUCUUUGGUUACAUAAACAUACAGCAUUAACAAUUUGGAGAUGCAGAUACAGGCAGGCUAUUUUACAUUGAAAGCAAUCAGAAAAUGUCUCAAACAUAAAACUUGAAUUAGGAGACUAAGUACUAAAUGAAUAUGUAUAUGUGCAGACAUAUACAAGACAAUUCCUAAAUCAUAAUAUUGGCUGAUAAUAUCAGCAUGUUACUCUAUCAGCUGGGCUCUAUCUAGUAUUCACCAAGUCUUUCAUCAGACGGUGGGGCAUUGUCUGAGUCCCUGAUCUCGCAGCUCUGGUGCCGACUUGAAACACGCACUCAAAAUGAAGGAAUGUGUCACAUGUUGGUGGAAAUGGGAGGGGUCGUUAAAUUGUUGUCCGAGUGCUUGCUGAGUAAUGAAGGGUGGCGGAUUGUUCAGACUCUCUAUAAACAUUCCUCUUUUUCCACUUGAAAGUCUCAACUCUAAUCGGUGCCAGUAAUGAUGUCAUAUCACGUAAUGUUUUAAUAGCAUAUUCAAACCAGCUGGAUGAUUCAUUGUAAUACAUUUAUAUGGGUAGAUUAAAUUCUGAAUUAGGAUUGCAAUAAAAUGGCAUAUUCAUAUUAUGUGCUCACA